CGCCUCCCAUCUCAACCUAAACCAGACGUCGACGACGUAGAGCUACACUUGUACUUCUUCAUCACACGACUCUUCCACCUACCUUUUCCCUUUACGUAGCUGCUAUGCCCGCCUCCGAGGUACCAGCACUCCAGGAUGAGACGAUCAUCGUCGUCCUCGGAGCCUCGGGUGAUCUCGCCAAGAAGAAGACCUUCCCUGCGCUGUUCAACCUCUUCCGCCUGAACCUCCUCCCCAAGGCGACUCGCAUCAUCGGAUAUGCCCGUACAAAGAUGGACAACAAGGGCUUCCACGAGAAGAUUGCCGACUUCCUCAAGGAGGGUGACAAGUCAGAAUCAAAGAAGGCAAAGGAGGAAUUCCUGAAGGUCUGCACCUACCUACCCGGUGCCUACGAUGAGGAUGAGGCAUUCAAGAACCUCAACAAGGAGAUGGAGAAGAUCGAGAAGGAGGGCAGCAGCAAGACCACCAACCGACUCUUCUACAUGGCUCUCCCGCCCAACGUCUUUACCGUGGUCGCAGGUGGCCUCAAGAGGAACUGCUACGUCGAGGAUGGCAACAACCGCAUCGUCAUUGAGAAGCCAUUCGGAAAGGAUCUUGAGAGCAGUCGUGAGAUGAUGGGAGAGCUCAAGAAGCUGUGGAAGGAGGAGGAGACUUUCCGUAUCGACCACUACCUGGGCAAGGAAAUGGUCAAGAACCUCCUCAUGCUCAGAUUUGCCAACCCCUUCGUCGACUCUGGCCUGAACUCGAAUCUCGUAGACAAUGUGCAAAUCACCUUCAAGGAGCCGUUCGGCACAGAAGGUCGUGGAGGCUACUUUGACGAAUUCGGAAUCAUCCGAGACAUUCAGCAGAACCAUCUGUCGCAAGUGCUGUCCCUGCUGACCAUGGAGAGGCCAGUCUCCUUCUCCGCUGAGGACAUCCGAAACGAGAAGACAAAGGUUCUGCGAUACGUGCCUCCUAUCAAGGAGGAGGACGUUCUGAUCGGUCAAUACGCCGCCGCCAACGGCAAGCCUGGCUACAAGGACGACGACACAGUGCCAAAGGACUCCAACUGCCCCACCUUUGCUGCUCUGACCCUCUGGGUCAACUCCCCCCGCUGGCAGGGCGUUCCUUUCAUCCUCAAGGCCGGUAAAGCACUGGAUGAAGCCAAGGUCGAGAUUCGGAUCCAGUACAAGGAAGUCACAAAGGGCCUUUUCAAGGAUGUGCCUCGUAACGAGCUGGUGAUUCGUAUCCAGCCCAACGAGUCCAUCUACCUCAAGUUCAAUGCAAAGAAGCCCGGACUUCAGAUGGAGUCGAUUCCCACUGAGCUCAACAUGACCUACAAGGAACGUCUGGAGGACUUCCGAAUCCCCGAAGCCUACGAAGCCCUCAUCCUCGACGCACUGCAAGGCGAUCACUCCAACUUUGUCCGAGACGAUGAGUUGGACGUCUCCUGGGCCAUCUUCACUCCCAUUCUACACGCCAUUGACCAAGGCAAGAUCAAGAAUGAGAGCUACGAGUAUGGAUCGCGCGGACCUCAGAGUCUCAACAACUUCAUUGGACGAUAUGGUUACAGGCGGGACAAUGAAAGUUAUGCCUGGCCGACGACUUCGGUGGAGAAUGUCAAGGGAAAGAUUUAAAAGUGGGGAUUUGGGGUCCCUGUAGUAGCCUGCGAAGAGGAGCGGGCGAUUAAGCGAUGAACACAAUGGAAAUUUCAGAGAGGAGCAGCAGGGUACUUUCUGCUAGGAAACGGAAAUGGAAUUAUAUGGAUACGAGGUAGAGCAGCAGGGUUGCGAGGUGAGGUGCGUGCGUAAUCUUCCCCUUCCAUACUCUUCUUUCUUUCUUUAGAUUGAUCGCAAAUAGCAUCUUCAUUUUUCGAAAUGGCGAUCCGAGAUAUGAACACGACUGUGGAAGAUGGUGAUACUGGUAGAGAUUGUUUCGACUAGUGCUGAUGAUAGGAUGUGCUACGGCAAGGAGACUGUAGCAUUUCGUAAACUCUGGGUAUGAUCAUCUCCUUCUCCUCCUCUCCUCCUCCUCUCCUCUACCCACCUCCCUCCCUCCAUCUCCCCU